UCGGUGUCGUUUGCGUUGUGUAAUUUCUUUAUUAUCUCAAUUUAUCAUUUAUUUAAUGUUUUAAAAAAUCUAAUAACGUGAUUAUAUACCAAUACGAAAGUAAUAAACACGCGUUCGAUUCGCGGAAAAUUCUCGGGUUUUUUCGUGCAUAUAUAUAUGACGGUUAAGUGACACGCAAACAGGUGCACCUAACGCAUAGCACAAGAAACGAAUCACGGAGGUCGUUGCACGUAAUAUCUACCAACAGACAAUUCGCGAGUACGGUGUCUACAAUUAUAUAGUAACGGAUUCUUUUCUUAUACGAUACCACUUGUCACCAAGAAUCCACUAUUGUCUUCAAAGAGAAAUCGACUUAGUAUCUUUGUUACUUAUCAUCGUGUCGAUUAUCCUUGAAGGAGGGGAAACAAUUUGAAGAAUAAAAAGCUCUUAUGGGUGUCUAAGCACACUGAACAUUACAAUACUCGACGGGAGUUUCUUCGAAACAAGAUGAGAAAGCAAUCGUACAGCUCGAAUUUGAACACCGGAAGCUGUGGCGAGCCACAGAUCAUCGUGGAGGAAAGCACGUUGGGAGAGGAGGAAGCGGAAUGGCGGAGGAACGAAUCGCCUCCACGAUGCAUGGAUCCCGAUUCGCCAUCCUUGAAUCCUUAUCUAUUGUCCCCUUGGAGAGAAACGAGGAAGCAUUCUCUACCGACACCGCAAUGUACUUCCGGUAUAACCGCAUCACAGGAUCAGCUGACUAUUAUUGUGGCAUGAUAUCUGUGAGACGAUUGAGCGAACGUGGCGGUGAAUCAGGACCAUCUGCGAGAGAAGCCGCUUUCCUGUCCACCCUCUCUCAAGCACCAGCCCCUCAGCCAGGCGGCCGAAGGCACUCGGUCGUCACCAUUUCCAGAGUACCACAGACUCUAUUCAGCCGUAAUCGUCGUGAAUCAAUUGCCGCUUUUCCACUCGGAGGCGCGACCAGAAUAUUGCCGGGUCGUCGAGAUUCGGAAUCCAGAAUGGGUGGACCACCGAGCAAUACCGGAAGCUCGCAUAAUCUUCAAUUAGAUAUUAUGGACGAUAUCGCGGAGAUGAAAGCGAAGAAGGUGCUCUUAAAGAUGUACAAGACGUCGACGGAACAAGUGUGCGAGAUCCAGCCACUGGAAGGUAAUAGCUCGACUCAACGAUACACCCAAUAUCCGAAACGACGAUUCUCUGAAAUGCCCGCACCUUCUGUGUCACCGACCGCCUCUAUCCGAAGACGGGCCUCGGAAGUGCCGAGAGCCACGAGUGCUUCCGUUUCCGGCGCAGCGGGCAUCGUCUGUUCCAAUACCGAUCUGAUAUCGAUCCUGAGCUCAUUGGCCUCUUCCGCGACCGAGAUCAACCGAUGCGGCGAAGAAGGAUCGAGUACACGCGAGGAGAGCAAGUCGAGUUGGUCUGGGAAGACGGCUGAACAGAAACGAAGUCGAUUGAAAAGCUUUCGUUCCAACAGUUUCGAUGUAUCCAUUCUUCACGGGGCGAAAAGCAAGCUGGCCGGAUCCUCGAAAGCUGCAGCUUCGACUAUCAUGGCUCCGUCGAAUUGGUUCACCAAGAGACAUCAACCGAUGUCGAAGAAACAGAAGCCGGAAGAUUUAAUCACGGCUAGUUUGAACUUCAAGUUCGAUAAAUCGAAGGUCGUGAAGGCGGUUAAAGAGACACUGGGCAAAACGUCUCCUAAUAUCGAUAUCAGACACAAAGUUGUAUGGGAUGACACCAGUGGAACGAAGGUGGACGCUCAGGUAUUGGGUAGCGCAAUUGAAAAAAUUUUAACGGCGCAAAGAGGAAAUGAUGCGGAAGCAACCGGAUCGAACAACAAAUCCUCGGUAUCUCCAAACAAACCAAGAUCAAGUAAAGUGACGAGUUGGUUUUCGAGUACCAAAGACCAAGAACAAACCGAAUCCUGCGAACCAUCUAUCUGUUCUUCUUUAAAAGAUCUAUUCGUCAAGUAGUAUGGAAAUACAAACACGGGUCUCGCUCGUUUGAUUAACGCUUCUUCGUUUAAGAAUUUAUUCAAAGAUUAACACGACCUAAUAGAUAACUGACCAUCUCAUUUAAUUCAAGCUAAUGAAUACUACGUAUAUUUUCUUUCCAUUCCUAUACUUCUAAGAGAUGUUGUUUUAUCAAUUUUUUUUAUCAAUUUUCAUAUUUUAAUAUUCAUGAUUCUGAAUAUCUAUUAGUAAAAAUUUCAAAACUGGAGUAUUUUUUAUUGUAUUUUUAUUCCAUAUUACAUUCAUAGAUUCUCAGUAACGUCAUAAUUAUAUUAUAAUUAUAUUAUAAUUAUUUUAUAUGUUUAUUAAUACUUAAUCAUCUUUGUAAAAAUGUUUUUAAUUUUAUUGAAAUUUUACAGUUGGAUGAAUGAAACAGAUUCAUUGGCAUUGCGGGAUCCAUGGUUAAAAAUUAGAUAUAAAAAUCUAUAAAACAUCGUAGAUCUAAAUAUUUCAAUGAAUGCAACUUUUAACAAGUAAAUGUGGACAAAGGUUUAAUCAAUUUCUAUAUUUAAAUAAAUUUUAAUAAAUUAUAAUAUUCAAAAUAUAAUUAAGCAAAAAUUCGAAGCUAAAAUUUCGAA